GUACUGCAUAAGGGCUUGGAGUGGGGCCGCGAAGGUGGACGGACUGCUUCCGGUGAGAGGUCCCGGGCGGAGGAGGAAGCUGUGGCUGCCGGCGGUGGGAGGCCCCGGCGGCUCAGCCCCCGGGCACUGCUAUGAGGCGUUCAGUUUUCUACACUUGUGGCAAAACAAGCUGAGAGGAGGAACAGAGACAGCCCUGUUAGUUGUGGCCCAGCACUCCUUCCCUGGAAAUGGCAAACAAGGGCAACAAGAAACGUCGGCAGUUCUCCCUGGAGGAGAAAAUGAAAGUUGUGGAAGCUGUAGACUCAGGCAAGAGGAAAGGUGACGUAGCAAAAGAGUUCGGUAUCACUCCUUCCACUUUGUCUACAUUCUUAAAGGAUCGUGCCAAAUUUGAAGAAAAGGUCCGGGAGGCAUCUGUGGGACCCCAGCGGAAAAGGAUGAGGAAUGCUCUCUAUGAUGACAUUGAUAAGGCUGUUUUUGCUUGGUUUCAAGAAAUCCAUGCCAAAAACAUUCUAGUGACUGGUUCUGUCAUUCGGAAGAAAGCACUAAACUUGGCCAAUAUGCUUGGCUAUGACAAUUUUCAAGCAAGUGUGGGCUGGUUGAACAGAUUUAGAGAUCGCCACGGAAUUGCUUUGAAAGCAGUCUGCAAAGAGGAUAGUGACAGGUUAAUGAAUGGUCUAGGAAUAGAUAAGGUUAAUGAGUGGCAUGCAGGGGAAAUUAUAAAACUGAUUGCUGACUACAGCCCAGAUGAUAUCUUUAAUGCUGAUGAGACAGGAGUGUUUUUCCAAUUGCUUCCCCAGCACACACUUGCUGCUAAAGGGGACCAUUGUAGAGAAGGGAAGAGAGCAAAGCAGCGGUUGACAGCACUCUUUUGUUGCAAUGCUUCAGGGACUGAAAAAAUGAGACCAUUGAUUGUUGGUAGGUCAGCCAGCCCACGCUGCCUCAAGAACGUCCAUUCCCUCCCUUGUGAUUACCGAGCCAACCAGUGGGCAUGGAUGACGAGGGAUCUGUUUAAUGAGUGGCUGAUGCAAGUGGAUGCCAGGAUGAAGCAGGCAGAACGCCGGAUCCUCCUGCUCAUCGACAACUGCUCUGCUCACAACAUGCUUCCACGCUUGGAAAGGAUUCAGGUGGGAUAUCUGCCCUCAAACUGUACCGCUGUCCUGCAGCCACUAAAUCUUGGGAUAAUUCACACCAUAAAAGUGCUAUACAGGAGUCACCUUCUAAAACAAAUCCUCCUCAAGAUCAACAGUAGUGAGGAUCAAGAAAAGGUAGACAUCAAGCAGGCCAUUGACAUGAUUGCUGCAGCUUGGUGGUCAGUCGAGCAGUCCACAGUGGUGAGAUGUUGGCAGAAGGCAGGCAUCAUCCCUAUGGAAUUCACAGACUCUGAUGAAGAAAUAGCAGCCAGUGAACCAGACACUGCCCUCGAAAAGUUGUGGCACACAGUGGCCAUUGCCACCUGUGUCCCAAAUGAAGUAAAUUUCCAGGACUUCGUCACUGCAGAUGAUGAUCUCAUCAUCUCCCAGGAGCUGACGGAGACAGAGAUCAUCCAGGAUAUGGUGGCUGGUGAAAAUACUGGUGAAGUUGGAAGUGAAGAUGAAGGGGAGGUGUCUUUACCAGAGCAGUCAAAAAUCGCCAUCACAGAGGCCAUCUCAAGUGUACAGAAACUUAGACAGUUCCUUUCCACUUGUGUAGGUGUUCCUGAUGCCAUUUUUGGACAGCUAAAUGGCAUAGAUGAAUAUUUAAUGAAAAGAGUGACACAAACUCUUAUUGAUUCCAAAAUUACAGAUUUCCUCCAAACAAAAUAAUGCAGGAAUUAACUGCCAUUUUUACUUUAGAAAAUGUAGUUUAUAAGAAUAAAGAUUACUUUAGAUAGGAUAUUGAAUUAA